UUUCGAGCAAAUGCGCAUUGCGUUGCGGCAUGACGGUCGACGUCGACAAACUGCUGUGCGAUUCUGUCGCCAAACUAGAAGCUUUCACGAGGCAGCGACGAGAGCUGGAUUUGCAUCGGUACCUUCUUAUCGACAUCAUGAUGCGCAAGAUAGAGAUGGCAACGCUAGAAGGUCGCAACACCGUUGCGCAAGAACUUGGGAAUCCACAGAAUGACGGCGGCGAACCACAGCGACCGUGUUCUUUUAAUGCCGGCAGAGACCCGCAAGGAGGACGGGCGGAGCACUCGCAAGUGCUGAUGGCUGAAAUGGCGAGCGAACGCGACAGCAUGCAGGUUUCUGAUGCUCGCGCCCUUGGUGAAAACGCCCCCAGUGUCACCCGUUCUGAAGCUGCAGACACGUUCCACGGCGCUCUUGGAGUCACUGACCGAGAUUCCCUACAGGGUGACGACAUAGUGCUCGACGGCGACUCGAUGGCUGCAAACAGCAGCACAGACAGUGCGUCUCUAACUGCCGACGAAGGCAUCCACUCUGACCUGGACGAUGUGGUAAACGCUUUUGGCGAUUCCCUUGCAGACGGAGGACCGGAACCUGGCGCUAACACAUCGUCAAAUGACGUCCCAGGAAACAUCGACCUGGUCUCACAGAACAGCGCUGAAGCCCUGGAGAGCUUGCAGUACAAAGACAUGACAACGUUCAAGGUAAAGCAAGAGUGUUCAACGCCGCGGAACAGACAAGAGUGCGAGGGUCAUGUAAGACAGUGUCUCAUAGAUGAUUCUCGUGCUGAACAAAGUCCGGCCUUCAGAGCCCCGGAGCCUGCUGCUUCUGGUACGGACACGUGGCAAAUGACCGCUGGGAAGCCGCCGAAAAUUGAAGAUAUGUCGCACUUUGACAGCGGUGGGUCGCCUUCUUUAGAAACACUGCCGACAAGUUCACGUGAAUCUCGCGAAGGCGCACACCUACGCGAAGUUUCUGAGGAAAGCACUCCUCGAUGCCACAGUAAUAGCGAUGGUGACAGACCCAGAACCUCUCAAGUCGGAGCCAACGGUUCCCCUAGGAAUCUGCCGGAAAGCGUCGACUCCGCUUCUGAAAACAGCUCAGCAACGCUGGAACGCUCAGGCCACGACGAAACGUGUCCGCUCGAACACACCUCCGAGGGAACAUUGCCCGAUGUGAUUCGUGACUGCUUUUGUGAAGAUGGUGACCAUGAAAGCGAAAAUGCUCAAGAGGCCGCGCAGACCGCCACUGCUCUCCCACAACGGUCAGUGUGCCGCUUCAUAGAUUUGUUACCACGCCUCAAGAGACCUCGUUCAGAGCAGGAUUUAGCAGCGAUGAAUGCCGGGAAACGCCCAAGGUGUUCAUCCGAAAGCGCCUUGUCUUCAAAGGGCUCAUCGAACAGCGAGAGAGACCUGUCCGCAUCAGGGCCUUCCGCGUCUUCAGAGUCCAUUGGCAUCAACUUCGAAGUCGUCGAGGAAGCAGAGCCGCAACUUGCGCAAGGAGGCGACGCAGAUGUGUCCAGCGAUGCCUCCAAAGCCGAAGACGCACCUGCUUCCGACCUCUUCGACUUAACCGUCCUCAAAAAUGUCAUUGUGAAUGUCAGUGAAUUGCCGAUCCCCUCAAAUCUACUGGAAUUGCCCGACCAGGAACCAAAAUAGCCUUUCCUUCUUCAAGAUGGCCC